UGCAUUCCACUACUUAUAUAUUUGUUUCUACUUCCACUUCAACUUCCACCAGAAAAAAAUACUAGCACAGAGUACACAAAUAUUCCAAAACUCUGGUAUUGAAUUGCAGCUCCCUAAGCUCAGGCAGGAGAUGAAAGUCCCAUUCACCUCACCCCAAUUCGAAACCACCCACAAAUUCUACGAGCCCAAGUCCGUCCUCGAUCUCCGCCGCAGCCCCAGCCCCCCUCUCGCCGACAAACCCGCACCCCUGCCUCAUCUCAGCCACUACUCCGCCACCGACUCUGACCUCACUCUUCACCACCUGGAUCAAGACGAGCAUGCUCUGAGCCACCUGGAAGAUUGGGACUCACUCAUGAGGGACUUAGGCCUCCAUGACGAUAACAAUUCUCUUCACUUGUCUAGAUCAAUUCCUCAGGACCCUAUUCUUCCUCCACCUCAGCACCUGAUCACCGAUCUUCCGAUUCCUUCGUACGAUCAAUCGUCUAAUUUCGAGUUCACUAACUUCCACUCCAGUUUCGCGACCGAUCAAGCACUUAUGAGCCAGUACAACUCUGAGUUCGAUUUUGUAGAUGAGCUGAUCAGGCUCGCUGAGUGCUUCGAGACUAAUUCGCUACAGCUGGCGCAGGCGAUACUUGCGCCACUCAAUCACCGCCUCUCGUCCCCAAACGGUAAGCCGCUGCAACGCGCGGCUUUCUAUUUUAAGGAAGCGCUGCAGUCUCUGCUUACUGGAAAUACUCUGCCUGAUAACUCUUCUGAAAAUGUUGUUCAGACUAUCAAGGCUUACAGGACGUUCUCUAAUGUCUCACCGAUCCCGAUGUUCGCCAACUUCACCGCCAAUCAGGCGAUUCUCGAGGCGGUGGAAGGCGCGAUGAUCGUCCACGUCAUCGAUUUCGACAUCGGGUUCGGUGGACAAUGGGCCUCGUUCAUGAGAGAAAUCGCGGAGAAUCGGAAAAGUAAUCCACCGGUUAUUCGGAUCACGGCGAUUGUCCCGGAGGACUAUGCUAUGGAGUCUAGACUUAUGACGGAGAAUUUGUGUCAAUUUGCUCGGGAGCUGAAUAUUGGAUUCGAAAUCGAUUUCAUUUCGGUGCGGACGUUCGAAUUCUUGUCGUUCAAGUCCGUGAAAUUCGCGGAAGGUGAGAAGAUUGCUGUGCUGUUAUCUCCGACGAUCUUCCGUCGAAUCGGCGCCGGUUUCGUGACGGAUCUGCGGCGAAUUUCGCCGCACGUGGUGGUGCACGUUGAUUUCGAAGGCUCGAUAGCGUCUUCGUUUCGACAGGCCGUGAUUGAAGGCCUGGAAUUCUACUCCACCGUGUUUGAGUCACUGGAAGCGGCGAAUGUCGGCGUCUGCGGCGGCGACUGGAUCAGAAAGAUUGAGAUGUUCGUGAUGCUCCCGAAGAUAAUCUCAGCUAUGGAAGCGGCAGGCCGCCGUGAGACGCCGUGGAGGGAGGUGUUCGCCGGCGCCGGGUUUAGGGCAGUAGGGUUGAGUCAGUUUGCUGAUUUUCAAGCGGAGUGUUUACUCAGGAGGGUCCAGGUGAGGGGGUUCCACGUGGCGAAACGACAGGCUGAGAUGGUGCUUUGUUGGCACGAUCGGGCCCUAGUGGCCACGUCAGCAUGGAGGUUCUAAUUAAUCUAGGUUUAGAUUAUGGUUUGAAUUGGAUUAGGGGUUUAAAGUAUGGAUUGGUAUACCUUCCUCUGUAACCUUUAUGUAAGUUUAAGGUUAGGGGAUGUUAAUAAGUAAUUAAGUGUAUGAACAAUGAACCUUAACAGCUCUGUUUCCUUUGCUUUUUAUUUUUCUUAUAUGUAUUUUGUAGUUUA